AGGCGCGUGGUAGUGAUGGCGGCGCUCUGUGAGACUUUCCUGUCACUGGAUACUACUACUCCCAGCCCUCCUCAAAGCCGCCGGAGCAACCCCCUGGUCUUUAGUUUACAAGUGGCAAUUUGACUUGCUCUGCUGCAUGUCUGGAGGGACCGCGGAAAGUGUGGAGACGCCCCGGGGAUUAAGCGAUCUCAGCGUAAAAAGAAAAAAAGCCAAACAAAUAAACAAAACCCACCCACCCUAACAAACAUGAGGCUGCUGGAGAGAAUGAGGAAAGAAUGGUUCAUGAUGGGAAUAGUGUUGGCGAUCGCCGGAGCUAAACUGGAGCCAUCCAUAGGGGUGAAUGGGGGACCACUGAAACCAGAAAUAACUGUCUCCUACAUUGCUGUUGCAACAAUAUUCUUUAACAGCGGACUGUCAUUAAAAACAGAGGAGCUGACCAGUGCUUUGGUGCAUAUAAAACUGCACCUUUUCAUUCAGAUCUUUACACUUGCAUUCUUUCCAGCAACAAUAUGGCUUUUUCUCCAGCUUUUAUCAAUCACACCCAUCAAUGAAUGGCUUUUAAAAGGUUUGCAGACAGUAGGUUGCAUGCCUCCCCCUGUGUCUUCUGCAGUGAUUUUAACCAAAGCAGUUGGUGGAAAUGAGGCAGCUGCAAUAUUUAAUUCAGCCUUUGGAAGUUUUUUGGGCAUCGUUAUAACACCCCUGCUACUGCUGCUUUUUCUUGGCUCUUCCUCUUCUGUGCCUUUUACAUCUAUUUUUUCUCAGCUUUUUAUGACUGUUGUGGUUCCUCUCAUUAUUGGACAGAUUGUCCGAAGAUACAUCAAGGAUUGGCUUGAAAGAAAGAAGCCGCCUUUUGGUGCUAUCAGCAGCAGUGUCCUCCUCAUGAUCAUCUACACCACCUUCUGCGACACGUUCUCGAACCCAAAUAUUGACCUGGAUAAAUUCAGCCUUAUUCUCAUCCUAUUCAUAAUAUUUUCUAUCCAGCUGAGUUUUAUGCUUUUAACCUUCCUCUUUUCAACAAGGAAUAAUUCGGGUUUCACACCAGCAGACACUGUGGCAAUCAUUUUCUGUUCUACGCACAAAUCCCUCACACUGGGAAUUCCAAUGCUGAAGAUCGUGUUUGCGGGCCACGAGCACCUCUCUCUAAUAUCUGUGCCCUUGCUCAUAUACCAUCCAGUUCAGAUCCUUCUGGGAAGUGUGUUGGUGCCCACAAUAAAGUCUUGGAUGGUGUCAAGGCAGAAGAUACUGUCCAGCUCUGAACAUCAUGUUGUCCUUUCUUAUAGGGAGUGAAGUUGACGAGACCAACAGUAUAACGAAGGAGGCACUCUUUAUGCAGCGGUGUAUAUUUGUACAGAAUUGUACAUACAAACACUUCUGAAGACUUGUACUUGUGAAUGUUGCUUCGAUGCAUAUUUUAUUUUUUUACACAAGAAUAUGAUAAAAAAAAAAAAAAAAGUUUAAGUGCCUUAAAAUGUAUUGGACAGGAGCGUUAUUUCCAGAACCUAGUUUGUUGGUUACUGGCAAGGGUGGUACCGUAUUUUGGAGUGGUUUAAUUUUUUUUUUUCUUUCCAAACACGGGAAACCAUGAUCAUGACAAAAAGCAAAUACGCUUUCCUCGUACCACCUUUGGUGCAGAACAACCCUACGCUAGUUACUGUGCUGUUUGAAAUGAGGUCACACCAUCAGGAAAAUGCCCUUCUGAUGACAGUGAGAAUUUCCAAAGUCUUAUUCAUGAAUACUUUGAUUUACUGUGUGAUUCUUUGUUUCUACAACUGUGACAUGCCUCUUCCUUAUCAACUCAGCAGGGGUCAUGGAUUGCAUAGAUGCUGAAAGGCAUAAGUUAUCUGCAUUUCUUGACAUCAUUCUUUAGACAUUCCUUCAGAUAGUUUCCACAGAGAAAUUCCUCAGUCCUAUUAUAAGAGAUUGUGGUGUUAUAUGUCUUAAAUUUAUUAUAAGCUGCUUCAAAGAAAGAGCCUGAUGUUUGAGUUAUAAGUAAGUGAAGUUUUGAGGUAAACUCCAGGACUUGGUAGUCAGGAUUUUUAAAAUUGUAUUUCAGAUAGUUUCCCUUUUUCUGCCACAAUUUCUUUCUUACCUGUUUUCUAGCACACUUGCAAACUCCUAACAGCCAAACAUGAGACUUAAAAAUGUUCCAGUUUGAGAACAGCAACAAUUAAUGAUGGAUUAUGUUCACAUUCCACAACUGAGACCAAAAUUUUUUCUUGUUACACAGAUGUCUGAGCACAAAUUGCCCCUUUUAGCCAGAAGCAGCCUGUUUCAUCCUUGGAUUAAGCACACUUAAGGCAUUUGAGACAAGUUAUUAAUGAAAAUUUCCUUGGCAGAUUUGACAAAUGUUUGCUGCAAUUUUUUAAAAUUAAAUCAUAUUGUUCUUAUGAAUAAACAAAAAUAUAAAGGUCAUGGACACAAACAAAUGUUACAUAUACACAUUCUGUCUAGCCAGAUGGAAAGAAAAAUGGGCACAGAAAAUGCAAAACCAUUCAUUAACCAAUAGAUCAAAUAAAACAGUCCCCAGUUGGGCAUCAGCUUUCAAAGGAAUAUUCAAUCUUUGCUUCCACUGGGGCUAGACAAACUUUCACUAGAUCCAAAUAGAGAAGAAAGCAAUAUAGAGAAUUAGGGGACGCUGUUCCUGCCCAGCAUUCUGUCACAUCCUCUCUGCAUGUCCUUUCUUGGUUUGACAGACAGUAUUGGCAUCCUGGGCCACACUGACGCUGACUGUGGUCAGCAACAGAAAAGAUCAUUCCUUUGACACCUACCAGGUUUACCAGUGGUAUAAAUUCGUAUUAUCGUCACAACCAGGUCUCAUCUUGUGUUUCUUCUAACCAUUUCAAUAUUACUGAAAUUCAUAAAUUUCACAAGAGUUAUCCUCAAUGUAAAUGUUAAGGCCAGCGCCGGACUCUGCAAAAAUCUGUGGUGGACAGGCUGUUUGUCAGAAUUUCACUUAUAUCUAAAACUCCAGUAAUUUUGCUCAAUACUUUUGAUGCUCAAAAAUGGGGCAUAGAAAGGUUUUCAUGUUUUGUUCCUACAAGUUUCUUGGAAUUUUGGAAGCAGUGGGGUUGUCUGUCUGUCUGAGCUAUAAAAUUCUUUCUCCCUAGCAUUAGAAUACUGAUUUUUUUUCCUCCCCAACUUAUCUACCUCUAUUGUCUAACACCUACAGUAGGUGUGAUUAUGGGAUAAGGUUCAACUGAAAAUGCUAUAACGUGCUUUAAAAAAUGUGUUUUGUUUUCAAAUAAUCUCUACAUAGUGCAUUUUGGUGGCUUGAGUGAUACAUUUAUGCCUAUGUCUUUUUUUAAACAAAUACUGUGGCAUAUUUUUCCAUAAAGAAUAAAAAAUAAAAUCAAAAUUUAUUUCUAAUUCAUGCUUAUUGGGAUUUAAUUAUUCACCUCAAAAUAUUUUAUUAUUAUGUUAUGCACUGUCAGGCUAUCCGUUCAUGCAUUUUUUUGUCUAAAUGUAUUUAUGAAGGAAAUACAUUAGAUUAUAUUUAUGUUUACUAAUUUUUCCACCUGGGUUUUUUUUAAGUGGUUGUUACAAAA